CGUUUUUUUGGGGGUUUAAGAUUUAGGUUGACAUUAAAACUUUUCAAUCUCAGAAUUACAUUUUGUUUUUGUUUUUUGACAUUUGUACAGAAAGCCUGUGAAAAUAUUACAUAUUUUACAAUGACCCUUUUUUCUAUCUUGCCUAUAUGUACAUUUUUGAAACAAGUGUUUUCUAUGUAAGUUUGGAGGAAACAACUGUUUUUUUUUUUUAAAUAAACAGUGAUUACAGCAAGGGAAAUACAAUACGCCCGAGCUGUGCUGCACUUAUUAGCCUAAUCCAAACAAAACCCACUCUACCCCACUGUGAGAUUUCCCAGAAUGCCCUCUCCCCCUCGUUCUCCCUCCCCGUCAUUUCCUUACUUGGUCUUGGGCGUGCCACACUGAUUCUAAACUGGCUGUAGCUGGUUGUCCUUUCCUCAGAGUGCUUCCCGUAUUGUCUUGUAUUUCGCAUAACUUUUUGAACUUUCUGGUUAAGAACACACAUCCGUUUACUCUGUUGUCUGAUAUUUUUGCAUUUAGAGCAAAGCAGAGUGUAUCAUAUGUUAAUGUGAAAUUACUGAGGAUACAUUUAGGAGCCUGAUAAAAAUGCUCAUUUUAGAAGAAAAUUUCAAAUGGCACUUUUCAUGUUUGUUUGUGUGUGAAUACAUGUAUUUAAUAAUACUAAUAUGAAUAUGACUAAAAUUAUAAUGUUGUAGAAAUGCCUGAUAGUAUGUAAUUGUUGUGUUUCUACCCAGUGAAUUCUGAAAGAGGAGUCCUGAUGUUUUACACGUGAACAAGACGAAACAAGAGGAAGUUGAGAAAUAAAACCAACAAUAAAAGGGGAAAAAAACGCUGAGGAUGUCACUGCCGGCCAUGUUCAACGUGCAGUUAAAACACUCGCUACAAACCAUGACCCAUGACCACAGUCUUCAGGGUGGACUAUUGUAAUGGUCUCCUCACCAGCCUUCCCAAGAAGACAUUAGACCACUACAGCUCUUCCAGAACGCUGCUGCCAGGACUCUGACUAGAAGCAGAAAAUAUGAGCAUAUCACACCAGUCCUCAGUAACAAAGCCAUCUCUUGACAAUAAAUGUCAGUGAAGCAGCUCCCACCCCAGACAUAGAAAGCAUGAGAUCGGGAGGGAAGAGACUGAAAAAAAGAGACCGAGUGACCCAGCAUGGACCCGGCACUCACGUUUGUAAGGGCACAGAGCAUUUCACCUUGAAAAAUACUGGACUGGAACGGCGGGUUACUUCAGAAGAGCACGAUUCUGGAAGUCCCUACUGAAGAUUAAAAGCCAUAUUCUCUCUGGCAUCUCAGUUUCCUCCAUCAUGUCAGAGACUCGACCAACGCCUGCACAAACUGAGGUGCCUUCAGAGUCUCCAGAGGUGGAGUGUCCCGUUUGCUAUCAGGAGUACGACCAGGACUCCAAACUCCCACGCAUGCUAGAAUGCCUUCACGUUUUCUGCACCGAAUGUCUCCGCAAAAUCCAGCUCACUCCUAUGCACCCGCCCGACCCCAACAGCGCCCCCUCAAUCUCCUGUCCCCUGUGCCGCCACUCCACCCCGCUACAGGGUGGCGAUGCACACUCUCUCCCCUGCAACUCGCGGAUUCUUGCCCAGUUGCCUCCCGUAACCUUCCGUCUGCCUGCGUCUGUGUCUGCCCGGCUGGCCACGGUGACCCAGCGCUUGGUGCUCUCUCUGGGGGAGAGGGAUACCCGAUUCAUAAUCCUGCCCACUGUUAGUCUGAGGGUGGAGCAGAUGGGAGAAGGCACAGAAAUGGUAAACCCACCUAGGGUGCUGCAUCGAGAGAUUGAGGUUCUGAGGAGACACAAGAAGACCCUGAUGUGUGUUCAGGUUCUGGCUGUCAUCUUCUGGAUAAUGUUUGUGCUGACUUGUGUGAUUGGGGUUGUGUUUGGGCCAAGCCUCUUUCAUAAUUGAGAGAUUAAGGACAUGGGUGUAUCUACAUUAAUAUAUUUAAUCUGUCCCUGCAUUUUUUAAAUGACAUCAUUUAGAUCAUUAUAAUUAGAUCAUUUUGAUUACAUGUAAAAUCUACAGUUGCCCUGAAUUUGGACACUUAAAAUAAAUUAAAGUAAUUGCAGAACAUUUUAUGGUAGGCAUAUACAAGGUUUAGGUUUUUAAAUUAUACAAUGAUAUAUGGUUAAAAGUAAAGACAAAAAGUAUUGUGGAACCUGGUUGACAGAUGUUAGUGUGACUUCAUAUUGUACAUUCAUUACAAAGUAACUUUUUAUUAACUUUUUUACUGCUUAAACUAAAUUAAAAAAUGGUGAGUAUAGUUCUAAAAAAAAAUUAUACACUAGCUUCAAGGAGAUGAUAUUUGGUUUAAUAUUUUAUUGAAUUCAAUACAUUAUAUAUACAAUAUAUUACAUUUGGUUUAAGCGUCCAAAUGCUUUAUGGGCCCAUUUUUGUUCAUAUGUUCAUAUUGUAGUCUGUAUUCCUACAAUUAUUCCUGUCCUUAACUGUUAUGUCAAUAUUCUAAAGGAUGGUAUUGUCUGUUCUCUAACUUUUUUUUACAGGGUGUUGCUUUAUGCGAACAAGAAAAAAAAAUAUAGGCCUGCAGCUUUCUGUGUUUUAGAAAAAAUGCAUUGUUGUUUAAUUUGAAAAAAAAUAAAAAAAUAAAAUAAAAA